UGAUCUAAAUUGAAAUAACGUAAUUGUUUACAAUUUGUCCUUUACUAGAAUAAGUGGUUGUGUAAUCUCAGCAUUAUUGAACUAUCGGUUUACAAACAUUAUACUAUUGUGACUUUCGUCUUUGAGUCAUCACGGCCGGAUACUUUUAUUUAGUCUUUAGUAUCUGAGCCGCUGCCUUCUGAGAUGGAAGUGUUCGUACUGGCAGUGUGGCUUUGCGUCGUCACUGCCGAGCUCGCCCAGGACUUAGCGCACAUUGAGGACUUUAUCCAGCAGAAAAGAUAUCUGCUGAAGAAGAAGUACCGGCCCAUGUACCACAUCUCGGCACCCGUGGGUUGGCUCAACGAUCCAAACGGAUUUAUAUUCUUCAAGCGACAGUACCACAUAUUCUACCAGUACCACCCGUACAACGGCGCGUGGGGCCCGAUCCACUGGGGCCAUGUGAUCAGUGAUAACCUCGUCGACUGGGCGUUUUACCCACCCGCGCUGGUGCCCAAGGACCACUACGACAAGCAUGGCUGCCUCUCCGGGUCGGCAGUCAUUCACAACAGUUAUUUAACACUAUUCUACACGGGCCACGUGCUAUCCAAUAACAAGACUUUUCAAACGCAAAAUGUCGCAAUAAGUGCUGACGGCAUCAUCUUUCAGAAGUAUUUAUACAACCCUAUAAUACGAGACGGCCCGUUUGGUAACGCAGACUUUCGAAAUCCUAAAGUGUGGAGGUUUAGAAACUCAUGGUACAUGCUGAUUGGAACUUCAAGGUUGCAAGAGGCAUACUUACUAUUGUACACGUCGGCUGAUUUGUUUAACUGGAAGCUCAACGGGACCAUAGCAAAAUCGUAUGGAGACAUGGGGUACAUGUGGGAGAGCCCCGACUUUUUUGAAAUUGAUGGAUUCACUGUCCUUAUACUGUCAGUGCAAGGUAUUCAGGGCGAUGGCCAUCGGUUUCGGAACCUCUAUCAGACGGGGUACGUCAUUGGAAAUUUCAACUAUCAAAGCGGGCAAUUUGAAGACCUUGAAAUAUCUACAGCGACAUUUAAUGAGCUUGACUACGGACACGACUUUUAUGCAGCCAAGACGAUGCAAUCUGUCGAUGGACGCCGACUGCUCGUCGCCUGGUUGGGCAUGUGGGAGAGUGAGUUCGAAGAAUCGAAUGACGGCUGGGCAAGCAUGCUGACCUUGGUAAGAGAACUGAAACUGACAUUUCAAGGUAAACUUCUGAUGACUCCGGUUAGAGAAAUAGUGGAAUUGCGUGCCGAGGUGUUGGAGGACGCUUGGUACAGUCCAGGGGAAGCAUUCUACGCCGGAUCCAGAGCCUUCGAAAUGCUUGUGAACUCUAGUACAGUGAUGUACGACGCUGCCAUCAUACUGGAGUGGAGCGGGGAGCGGCAGUACACCAUCGCAUUCUCAUCAGAGCGAGGCUACGUGAGCGUGGACCGCGGCGGAGUGGACGGCGUCAGGCGAGCAGACUGGUUACCCGUCACGCAUAUACACUGGCGUAUUUUUGUCGAUUAUAGUUCCAUUGAGGUUUUCUGUGGUACGGGUGAGGUUGUGUUUUCUAGUCGCAUUUAUCCGCGGAAGUCCAUGCGUAUAAGGAUUGCAGGAGACACACAAUUGCACGUGACUCAGUAUCGACUCAGACGCAGUGUCGGAUAUGACAACAAACUCCGCAAGCAAUUGAAAAAUCAUGUUAUUAAUAGGUACCAUUAAAAUUGGCAUCAAUACGGACUAAGCAAUAAGUAAAAGACAGGAACACUGAUAAUGGAGCUUUGUAGGCGGCUGUCCCUACGAAGCUGCACGUGAACAUUUGUAUUGUUCUUCCGACAUAGUGGCCAACUAAACAUGUCUGUCAGCCUUCUGGAGUAACCCUGCAUUAGUUACCUCACAGUAUACGAGUUCCAUUCAAAUUCUUGGUUUAAAUGUCGCGGUAGAAGUUUGAAACAGAAAAACUACUAAUAAAGUGGAUGGCUGCAGUUUUGUUCUGUAAACUUUGUUUCCAUUGCAGAGGGCUGAUAUUAUUUGGCACGACAAUCGACAUCAUUUAAUAGGAAGUUACCGAGUUAAUAACAACAAAAGAAAUUGCUAUUUACAUUGUAAUAUUUAACUAUUGUUGUAGCUCAUGAAUUGUACUUAUUAAGUUGUAAGUGUGUGAAUAAAAUUUAUUAA